AUGGUGGAGUCUAUAUCAUUUGGAUCUGCAAAUCCUCCUAAUUCAUUAACUCAUGCGCAAAAUAUUAAUCCACUACUAAUAGGAGUUGAUCCAAAUGCAGAUAAAGAUUUAUAUCUUCAAGACACAGCUUGCAUAAUAUGCAAAUCUGAAUUCGGUAUAACAAAGCGAAAGUACCGAUGCAAAUUUUGUUGACGGGGUGUUUGCUCGAAAUGUUCAGAACAAAAGACUUACCAUCCCAUAUUUAAUAUAGCUAAAAGAAUUUGUGACGACUGCUUUAAAAUAUAUGUCCAUAGACUAAGCACUGUUUCAGUUGAGUAUGAAGUUUCAAGGUCAAAGCAAGUAAUUGAGGAGCUUCAAUAUUACAUAACGAACGUUAUAGAAGAGAAAAAAAGAGAUGUGACGAUGGUCGAAGUUUUAAAAGGAAAAUACCAGUUAAUAGAAAAAGAAAUACAAAAUAUCAAAAAUCAAUAUGACAAUAGAACAAAAUUAAGAGAAGCAGUCGAAGAAAAAUUGAAAGAAAAUACAAGAAUCGAAAAAGAAUUAGGAGUGCUUGAAAUUGAAAAUAGAUUUAGAAGGAGAAAAAGCAGAAUAGUUGAAGAUAGAGUGAAUUGGAUAAGGAAGUUAGAUGACAAGCUUGGAAAUGUAAUAAAAGAUAAAAUUUUGUUAUCUAAAGAAGCAAUGAAAUUAGAAGCAACAAUAAAGAAGUCAACUCAAAAACGCAAAGAAAUAGAAGAAAACUACAUUAAUUUGGAAAUGCUGAGAAAUCAAAAAGAAAAUCUCAAAAAGCAAUUAGAAAAUUCGCAGAGGGAGACGCCCAAAAAGUCAUGUUUGGAAUGUAUAAUUCAGUAA